AUGGCGUGGUUCGGGCGCUUACGACAAAAAAAAAGCAACGGACCUGAGCGAAUUCCUGCAGGAACCUCGAACGGGCAAUCAUCGACGGGCUCCACCUUGACCUCGCGGGCCUGUCAUCUGCGCACAUGCGGUCUGAGCGUUACCUUGGGAGGCGAUGGCGAUGGUGAUGGCGACUACGGAGUCUCUGAUACGCCAUAG